AUGACAGAUUCAAAUCCAUUGCCCCUGCAAAGAGACACUCCAGAGUCUGGGUCCCCAAGAAUUGUGGAACAACAGCUAUCCUUAGAUGACACGAUUGAACGGUGCAUCGGGGAGUGGGGGUGGAUACAAUUCUUCCAGGCCACUUUUAUAUCCUUUGCUUAUUUUUUCGAUGCACAACAAUGCUUCAUAAGUGUUUUCACCGAUGCUAAGCCAACAUGGCAUUGCAGUUCACCCAGUAAUUCGUCGUGCAAGAAUAUCUGCCGAAUUCCAAGAGAUUCUUGGAACUGGGAUUUGCCCGCUCACACAUCCGUCAUCUCGGAGUGGUCCCUUGAGUGUUCCGGCUCCAUUAUCACCGGCCUCCCGACGUCAAGCUUCUUUUUAGGCUGCCUCGCAGGUACAUUUGUCCUUGCAACCCUGGCCGACUCCUCUUUAGGCCGGAAGAACAUCCUUCUUCUUUCUUGCCUGCUCAUGUCUAUAAGUGGAGUCUUAACCGCAUUUUCCACCAACGUAUGGAUGUAUACUGCUUUGAGAUUUAUCAGUGGAUUUGGUGGUUUCUGGUGUAGUGAAUAG